GGGCCGAAGGCCCGAAUGUCAUUCGCCAGAAUGUUGUUUGCCAGAAAACCAAACGCCAGAAAAUCAAAUGCCAGAAUGGGUUAAAUGCCCGAAAAGUUCAAAAAGCCGAAUUUUCAUAUGCCAGAAAAUGUCAUUCGCCAGAAAACCAUUUGCCAGAAAACUGAAUGGCAGAAUGUUUUAAAUGGCAGAAAAAUCAUUCGGCAGAAAAGGUUAAAUGACAAAAAAAAUCAAUAAAAUUAUAAAGAAUAUAACGAAACAAAGCACGGUAGAAUCAUAUAUUUAACACAGAGCAUGAAUAAACGAACAGAUGAAUGUUUGAAAAAAUGCAAAGUUGGUAACUUGAACAUUCCUAAUUGAAAGUUUCAACAUUGCUCGCUUACUUUUUCAAAAGGUUCUAUAAACAUAGGAAACCCAUGGCGCAUUGGUGGUUUUGAAAAAGUAAUCCAGAUUGUUUCUAAUUCUAAAGUGGCAACAUUGUGAGUUCACUGUAUGUGAUGUAGAAUUUUAGAUGUUUUAGUCAAAGUAGUAAUCUCAUUUAUUCAGAAAAAUAUCAAAUAAAACAAAAAACUAUAACAUGGCCCUACACAGAAAAAAAUAUGUAAAUUUACUCGCUAUGUAAACAUUGUUUCAAAUGUAAAAUUGCCUAAUGUAAAAAUAAGAUCCAAUGUAAAGAGAUGAAUCUCAUGUAAUUUAUAAUGAUGUUAAUUCUAAUUCAAUGUAAUUCAUAUAUUGCAUGUAAAUUCAUCUUGUCCAACAGAUUUUAGGAUCAUGAAAACGUGUAAAAAAACAAAUCUGAUGUAAAAAGCACUUCAUGUAAAUUCCGGAGUAAUGUAAAUUUCAAUUUCAGUUGAAGAUUAAAAUGACAGCCGACCAAAACAAAACUUUUUCGAGAGCGGUCAGAGUGUGCAGCUGGCGCUUUUAAAAAUGUUAUUGGUUAGUUGGGUUAGUUAUAUAUAAAUGCCUUUGUGUAGGCAAUGUUCUGCAUCGCCGCAAAUCAGGACAACUUGGUACAACUUGUGCAACCCUUGUCUUCACAGGUGAGAAAUGUCAAAACAAAAAAAAAUCAAAACAAAGUGAGCCAGCGAAGCCAGUCAUUUGCGGCUGCAGUUCGAGAAUCGGGAAGGAGUGUUUUUUAAAUUCCGUUUUUUAGAGUCGUAGCAUAUUUGGUAAGUAUAUUCCACUUUCUAUUCCAAAAAUGUGUUCACCCAAACUAGGAAACCAAAUAAUCUUGCCUAGUGAUAUGUUUGCGGUUUUUUACGGGCGAUUUUUCCAACCAGAUGUUGCUGUUUUUAUUCAAAUAGUUUUUUUUUCUUUUUUCCGGUGGCGGUCAACCGAAGGAUUUGGUAGCUGCCCAAAGCAACCGGGAGAUGCUAUCGGAUAGCAUUAGAAAAGCGGUUCGAGACGUGAGGUUUGUUGCUGGCCGAUGGCGCCCCGGAAGUCGUUCCGCUUUAACGUUUGUUGCUGGAGUCGUCGUUUGCUGGAAGAGAUCACUUUAGAUGAAUUUGAGGAACAGAAAGAGCAGCACAACUGCUAGAUCAGGCUGACAAAGACUCGUUUUCGAUCGUGCGCGAAUGCAAGCAGCAGCAGUACAACAACUCGGACAUGGAUUAGGAUAAAAGGCUGAUCAACACCGCGAUCAAGCAGAUGCUGUUCGGCUCGGAGCCGGUGCUGAAUGGGGCGAUGCAGCUGAUGGUGUUUCGAAUGCUACUUGAGAUCAUGCACAGCUCGGAGAAGUUGUACUCUUUAAUAUCUUCUAUAAGCGCUAUCUGCCGUCAUGCUGCUGAACAUUUUCAAGGACAAGCCCGCCAACGAGGACUACCACACAGUUCACCUGCUCGAGCUGGUGCUAGAGCGGCUGUCGUUUUGCAUCGAGCACCACAACUACCACAUAAAGAUCUGCAUAAUCAACAAGGACCUGCUGCGGCAGAUACUGGUUCUGAUGAAGAGCACCCACACGUUCUUGGUUCUUGGUGCGAUCCGAUUUCUUCGGUACAAGCGCCGCCACAACCUGCUCGAGGUCGCCGUCCUUGAGCUGUUCAAAUUUGUUAAGUCGAUGUACACGUACUUUGUGGAGUACUUUGACAGCAGACGUUCAAGACGAUCAAAAACAAGAACGACCAUCAGCAGGAGCGGCUCAAGGCGAUGGAAAAGGGCGUCGGUGUCGACCUACACCUGUUCACAGUGACACACACACCAGACACACCAAUCCGGAACUGUAUACGAUGGCCACCACGUCGCCUAUGGAAAGGCUCCGUUCGUGUUUGACCAGGAAGACCCCCGGUUAGUGUAUAUUUCUGAGAGAUUCGCAGCCAAACUUAAAACGCGAAAUCAGCACGGGACCACUACUGACAACAGCACAACGCAUCGACCUGGUUCAAAAGCAGCAUCUUUAUUUCGAUCCAAUCCGCAUGUAAGUACAACUUAAUUUAAAUACAUUUUCUAGUGCUAACAUCACCUUAAAGAUUCUGAAAGCCCCGUCUAAAGAAAAACAUCAAAUAAAAAUUUAAAUAUAUAAAAUUACCUUUAAACAGAUUGCUCCGUUGAAUUUAGAAUCCGAUAUUUCAAUCGGAUUUUAGAUUCAGCGGAGCAAAAAAUUUUUUUUGAUUGGAUAAUUUACAUUAUUUUCAUUGGAAAUUUACACGAUUUCACCAAAUUUUGAUUCGAAACAUUUACAAUGAAAAACAUGUAAAUUUCCAAUGAAUCUAAUGUAAAUAUACAUCAUUUAUCAUGAUACC